CAUAUCUUAUCAAAAGUUUCAGAGCACAAACAGAAACCCUAGAAAUUGAUCCAUGGCCAUUUCCAGUCGCCUUGCAAGCAGAUCAACCGGUUCAACCCUCUCCUUCACAAAGCUAAUCCUGCUGAACCGUUCACCGCCGAUGGUGGCCGCUACUCGAUACUUGGUCGCUCGUUCUUUCCGUACUACUCCACCCAACUAUCCCGACGAAGAAUUUGUGAAACGAACUCUGGAAUAUUACAAGGUCUUGGAGAGCACAAAACACCCAUUCAUCAGGGAGGGACCACCAAGCCCCGUCUGCUUUGAGAUGCAGGGCGACAAGGCUUAUACGAGAAUAGACAUGCCCGGCGUUGGGAAGGAGGGUCUGAAGUUAUGGGCAGAAAAAAACUACUUUGUAUUCCAAGGAGUAGAGAGCAUUGAUGAAGAUGAUGAGGAGGUGAAGAAGAGAGUGUAUUCAGAUAGGUUGUUGAUUGAUCCGGCGAAUGUCUUCGAAGAUGGAAUCAAUUUCGUCAUACAAAACGGCGUCCUCCGCAUUGCCUUCCGUCUAAUUAAUCCUUGCAUUCAUCCGGCCUAUUAAUUCACUCAUCCAAAUGUUCACUCCACCUCUUUCCUUCAUAUAAUAUAUAUAGAGAGAGGAGUUUGUGGUUGUGGUACGACGCUAUGAGCUGUGGGUUUGUUUUGUUUUGGCUUCUGUAUUACAUAAUCUCCAUGUGUAUGACUAUGAGCAUUCAAGAAUUAAAGGAAUACCAUAUUAGUCUUUUCUGAUUCCUAACUGACUGAUAUUUAAUAUUUAAUAGCUACUGAGAUUUAUCUUUUCA